CGUUGUAGGUGGACACGUUUCAAGCUUCGAGCCAUAUGGUGUUAGCUAGACUGCAGUGCCAACAGUGCUGCUUUUGUUUUGAUGAGGAUAGGGAGGAGAGAAGGACUAUCUUCCUGGGAGAGUUUCGAAAAAGUCUCAGUGAAGCAUCGCCAACAGAUCCAGCUCGAAGAAAAUCCGCGUGAUCGCAUUAGUUCAGAACAUUUCUGACACUGAUAAAUGAUAAGUGGCAAACGUGAGAGGUAGCAUCAGCAUCGAUGUCAAAUGUGUUGUUGGUUUGUAAAAUAAUAAUCAUUUUGCAAAAACGCAAACUGAUGAUCGAAUCCUAACCUUGCAAUCUAGCGGGCGGGAAAGUGUGGCUAUUGGGCUAUUUAUGGAAGUUUAUGCAAAAUAAAGUGUAAUCAUUGUAGUGAGGUGCCAGAGCUAUCGGAAUACUUUGAAAAGCAUUACUGAAAAUUAGUAACGGCGGAUCAUCAAAUAACUUCACACAGUUUGAAUAAAUUGGAAAAUCGCGCGGGAUAAAGAGCAGAGCGGACCACUCAUAAUUAACACACCAAAAAGCGAAAAAGUGAGUUUUUCCACUCGCCAGUAAAGUGAUAAUUAGUGAGCAUAAAAUUGCACCAAGGAAAAGCGGAAAAUCAAAAGCUAUUAAAACCGCGCAGUGAAAGGAAAAUUGGACCGAGUGAGUGGAACCGAAAAACACAGCUUCAAACCAAUUGGAUUUACGAAAAAGGAGCAUCGAAUAAAUCACUCUCAAUGGCAGCGCUUUCGAUGGGAUAAAGAAAACAAAGUUAAUAUAAUUGUGUCGUUAGGCGAAAAGGACUUGAGCGGGAAAGAAAAAUUAUUGUAAUUAACGGUAAUCAUUUUUCGGAAACGUGACGUGUGUAUGGUGCUACAGAUUACUCAUUCGCUGUAUUGUGCUUUUGAUUGGAACGUUUGUGGAGUGCGAGACAGAUUCAUUCAACAUUCGCCACUGACAUGGUUGCUCACAGUUUAAACACGCUGGAAAGUGAUGAGAUUGAUGUAUUCAAUCAAUGGAUUGCCGGCAGCCAGGUUCCCGUGUUCUAAGUGAUGCAGAUUAAAAUUAUGAAUUGCUUAUUAACGCCACAGCAGAUAUUUGCAAUUGUCGCGACAGAGUUUUUCUCUUUGUAACCUCAAUGCAAUGAAAAUCGAAUGGAAAGCGGUAUUUAUAACCAGGUGGCACGUUAUGUGCAUGUUUCCAUCAUCAAUUGAUCAAUCGAGCAGUGGGAUAUAAUAUAAUCCACUGAAAGGACAGUGAUAAUGGUGUGUUAAGAUAUGGAAUAGAAAAAAAUCUGGAUCAUUUAUAAAUUGGUAUUGCAUGAAACAGGCAUCGAAAUCCUUUUUCCAAUAAUGCAGUUGGCUUAACUAACAAUACAUGAAAAUAUCGUGCGGACUCGUUCGUUUGUGCUUGAUUAAAUUUUCAUGCAUUGUGUACGAGAAAGGUUUUUGCAUCACCGAGCACGAAUGCAAACAAGAGGCGUAGGUGAUUCGAAAUUUUGCCGGCAUAUACAUUGUUCGAUGGUAUAGACCACGAGUCAAUAAUCUGUGUAGCGUAGCGCUUACGAAAUUUUUUCAAAGGUGAUGUGCUGAAUUAGUAAACAUUAGAGUGAAGAUUGGGUGCGGAAAAUCAAUACAUAAGAGAUGAUCCGAUCUUUGUCUGCAUUUACUAUUGUUAAUUGACUGUAAAUGGAAAUCGAGAAAUAAUAUCGGUACUAUAAAAAUCGAUUACAAAUAAGUGCAAAAAUCACUGCUCAUUUGUGCUGUUCAAUCAACUUCGUUAACGAAAAGGAGAAAAAAUCCUAGUUUACGGUUACAGCAAAAAUCUUCAACGAAUACUAUGGAUUACAGAACACUAGUUAUACUAUUUCUGUCGACUUGUAUAAAAGAUUCCGUCAGCUUGCAGCGUUUUGCUGAGCAGCCAAAGUAUACUGAAGUGAAUCCGGGCCAGGAUGCACUGUUGGUGUGCAAAGUGAUUGACAAACGUGGUGUAUGCUCAUGGCAAAAGGACAACAAACCGGUGGGGAUCUACCCGAAGAAGUACGAGUGGGCCAGUCAGUACGGCAUUGGCCAAACAACACACGUAGGAGGCGACUGCUCGCUGUGGGUCCGGGCUGCCCAGCUGGAGUUUGACGAUGGGCUGUGGGAGUGCCAGGUCACGGCCAGUGACUUUACGACACAAGAUGCGCUCACUAGUCAGCCUGUCAGAUUAGUUGUUAGAGUGCCGCCACAGCGACCCAGACUAGAGCACGAAGGUGUCCACGUUCCUCCCGGGCACAACGUCACCGUAGAUUCCGGUGCAAUGGCCACCGUGAAAUGUGUCUCGCACUACGGAAACCCUCCAGCACAGCUGAAGUGGUUUCUAGGUGACCAGGAAAUAACUCCCCUUCAUCCACAAGCCAAUUCGACUGAACCGGAUAAUCCUCGAACUUGGUCUGCUGCAGCUGUGGUGCAAAUUCCUGCUAAUAAGGAUCGACAUGGCACUCUUCUAAAAUGUUUAGCAAUUCAUGAGUCGUACGCAGCUCGAUCGGUGGCUGUUGAUGCACGAUUAGAUGUUAAGUAUGCACCUACGAUAAGAUUGCUAGGCGCCCCGCAGAUAGAUCUAGAAGAAGGAAAAGAUUCGCUCAUAUUACGGUGUCUAGCCGAUGCUAAUCCAACUGCCAGUAUAGUGUGGCGCAGAGCAGGUCGUUCGGAAAUAGCAAGCUUGCAAGAAUCACUGCAGCUAAGGCCAGUGGGUAGACGCGAUGCUGGUCUAUACACGUGCCAAGCGCAGAAUUCCGUUGGAACAUCAGAUACUCUCUCAGUCCAAUUAGAUGUAAAAUAUGCUCCGAAGAUAUUGUCAGCUGGCCCGGACAGACUAACAACUGCCCCGCUUUUUAGCCCCGCUGCCUUCGAAUGUGUAGCAGAAGGAAAUCCACCACCCACCUACAAAUGGGUACAAAGAAUCUCAACACAGGGUAAACCAUUCCUCGACAGAGGGCGAGAAUCAAGACUGGUAAUAGAUAAUGUAACGUACGACUAUCAGGGCGAGUACGAGUGCCGGGCGACAAACUUUAUCAACGGACAGGAAAGGACAGCUACAUCCGAUCCGAUAGCGCUGCAGGUAGUGGGAGCACCACAGGUCCUUCGGACGUCCUCAUCAGCGACCGGACAUUCAGUAUCGGUGCGGAAAGGAGAUUCUGCCACACUUUCAUUGAUAGUGUGUGCCGAUCCCCGUCCGCAACAUGUUGCCUGGGAAUGGGGCUCCUUACGGUUAGAGGCAGGGUCCGGAAUAGGACGCUAUCGCGUUGAUGAUGUGACGCAAGACAGUCGCGAAGAUUGCUACUUGGCCACGUUACACAUUGAUGACGCGGAUUUGCAGGAUCAGAGGCCGUAUUACUUGGUGGUAGAAAACGAAAGAGGAACUGAUAGGCAUGCUAUUAAUCUUCGUGUUGAAGGAAUGUUUUCAGCAGUAGAACCUUUGGAACUGAGUUACCUGCUCGGUAUCGCUGGGGGAUGCUUGGCUGCUUUCCUUAUGUUGAUUUGCCUCUGCAUCUACGCGAUUCGUAAGAGGAAGUGUUGUUUCAGAAAUCGAAACAACUAUAAAACCUCAGAAAAAGACAGCGAAAAAGCGGAUCUGAAAUCACGAUCCGACAGCACCAGUGUUCCACCACUCGAUUCCAUCUACACGACGCCAACCGGUUUCCAUCAUCACCAAAACGGAACUCCUGGCUCGCCGGAAGCUAUGAAGUCAACAGCAGCGGUCAACACUUUCAACACACAAAACAAUCAACUGUAUUUAGGUGAACAUAUGAAUUGUACUAGCAGUAAUGCAGAUCUGGUGCUAGGGGCACUGAGGCAUCAGCGAGAUUUGUUCAGUGGUUCUCUGGGAAUACCUGAUGUCACAACACGAGUGGGAAGUGUAAUACAUGCAUUCGAAUCUAUGGCCCGGGAAAGACAAACACUCGAAAGAAAUGGCGGCGAAAAGCCCUACGACAGUUCGAUGGGACCACGGUAUCGGUCUCAUCGAACUAAUGUGAAAAAGGUCAAUGAUACCCGGCAUAAAAUCAUACUACCCACUCCCAAAAUGUCUCCAUCCUUGACCGAUUCCUUUACUUUUGUACAGCAGCCUUUUCCAAGAUCCAACUCCUUAAGCAACAUUAACCACAGUGGCGGCAGCAGUAGUAAGAAACACAAUAACGGAAGCAGUAAUCAUAAUCUGCAUACCAAUAACAUAAAUUUAGGACAGUAUUUUCUUCAUUCAAAUAACCAUAAUAAUCAUAACCAGACGAUACCAAAAGCGACCUUCCAGUCGAACGCUAGCUCUGGAAUCCAUUAUAAUCUGGCUAACGAUAAUGAAUCAAGCAAUUUCGAUUCGCUGAAUCUGGACGAUGAUUACCGUAAAAGCUCUUUUGGCAAACAAUCAAAACUCCAACCAACCGCAGCUUCGCUUGGGACGCUCAGUCGUAAUCAACAUUUAAAUGAUGCAACCGCUACUAGUAUGACCAGCAGUGGCACUACUAACUUUCACAGUUCCCCCCAAGCAACAGCAGCUGGAGGCAGCCACAGCAGAAACAAUCCGAAUGUAUUUUUUACCACGACGCCAGCACUACCGCAAUCGCAGCCUCCGCCACCGCCGCUGGUAACGUCGAUGCAGAUACCGGAAAAGGAUGUACCAUCAUCGGCGACGCUCAGUACCGGUGGGGCGGGAAAAGUGACAACGAUGUCGCCACAAGCGCCAACUUCAACGAUGCGCUAUUACAACCACGAUAACAACAAUAAUAAUAAUAAUAGUAGCAUUCGUUGUGCCACUACUAAUGCUGGCCUAGGUGGUAAUCGUGGCGGGGUCACCGACAACUGUAACACCGAUAAUAACACCAGCAAUGACAAAUUCCUUCGCGGUACCACUGUCAGUCAAUCAUUCAUCAAGAACGUGAAGAACAUGCGGAGAAAGUCUUCUUCGUACGAUCUGCAAAGCGCCAACGUAACCGGACUAGCAAAAGGAGGAAUAGCGAAUUCCUCCUCGGCUGGUUACAAGCAACGAGGAGGAGCAUUGGUGACGACAGCUGCUAGACACCUUUACAGACGAACACCGAAAGGUCCUGGCUCUGAUAAUGACACUGAUGAAUUAACCACCGACAACUUGGGAAUGCAACGGGAAAAUGCUGGCGCGAACAGCAUCCGUUCCUCAGGUAAGCGGAAAAUGUUUCACCCCAAAACAUUAGAUAGAGCGGAAAUUUGACAAUUAAGCAAAACCAAGUCAUUAGCAUAGAAUGUACGAAAGUAAGCUAUAUUCAAGAAAAUACUCGAAUUACUCAAAUUAUAUCCGUGUCGUUUAUUCUUGUAUUCUAACAUGUACAAAGUAUUUCAAAAAACACGAGUAAAAACUCUCUACUGAUAUUUUCUUUUGAAUAAACGAAAUCCAUGUGUCAUAAAUAAACCAAAAAAUAAACGAAGAGUGAAGUGUAAAUUUACCUUUUUUGUCUAAAAUUAAAUAAUUGUAUACAAAACAAAUCCCAUUACUUGCUCACCCUCUCCCGUGGGUUAGCAUUAUUUCUCAGUUUAAAACAUUUUCUUAACAUUACAUUCUAGACAAUUUUACAGUAUCUUAAAUGUAUCUAACAAUAUCGGCAUGAUUCAAUAAGUAGUAUCUCCUGUCAAGAACAAAACCAAAAAACACUAAGGAUGUAAAAUCAAACACACACGUACUUCCAACCUGUCAUCAAAAAGACUACUAUAUAUACAAAAAUAGAAAACAAAACUUUGUUUUAUGUUGAAUCGUUUUUGCCAAAUGUAUAAACUCUAAUGUUAAAGGAUAAAAACUGACAUAUUUUAAAACGUUUUGGUCGAGAAUUGAAAACGCGGUAAAAUCUAAAAGAACACUAUUUUAUUAAAUGCAUUGUUAUACUUAUCGCCAAAUACAUGUACAAUUACAAUGUUACUUUAACGAAACGCGAAUGUAACAUAUAAUAGUAGAACGGUCGGAAAACAAAAGAAAAGAGAUCAAAAUAGUGAAAAAACAAUCAAAAUCGUAAAAUACACGGAAUAAUUUAACA